AUGCGGUGCCACUACCGUGUCAAGCUGUUUCGACCCUUCGGCGUCGUAAAUCCUCGUCAGCGGUUUGGGACUCUGGGUGGCCUGGGCCGGGCCGUUUCCCUCUCCGAGCAGGAGCUGCUCGACACCACCACCUUGGCCAUCGCCCGAGCGCGAGUCUCAGCGGCGGGAGCAUCCGAGGAAGUAGUCCAGAGCUGGUCAGACCAGGACGCCUCCGUCCCGGGUCUCGGCUCCGACACGCCGCUCAACAGCCCGGGUAACCGCGCCGUGUGUCGGAACGAUAGGCGCACGGCGGCCUACCACAGCAAGAACGGCAGCGGCGCGCCGGCGCGGCGGAGGCGAGGGCGCAUCGAGUCAGGCGCUGAAGGUCGCGCUGGCCGGUGCUCGGGCGUGUAUCAAAAUCUCGAGCUGUCAAUGGUGUAUGGGCAAAAGCUGGAAUGCUUCGAGGUCUCUUAG